AUGGCCUUGUCGGAUGUGCUCUGCUCUGUUGCGCUACAAGCUUCUGCCUAGACGCCUUCUGCUUCGUCAUUGCUCUCACAUCUCGGCAGCGCACAGAGAUUUGAGGCUCGAGCCCAAACGUUGUCCUGCUUCAGCUCUUGCGCAUCGACCUUCUUGAGCUCUUAUAAGCUCCAUCCGUUCAAUCUUGCUCAUCAAUUACUCCAACAUGCGCUUCACUCUCUCACUCUUUGCUACUGCUCUCCUGACCCCGCUUGUUCAAGGACAGCAGCUCUUUGAGGUCAGUGUCGGUGAGACGGACCUGACGUUCAACCCAGACACCAUCAAUGCUGCGGUGGGCGACCGUGUUAUGUUUGUCUUCUACCCAAAGAACCACUCAGUCGUCCAAUCAACCUUUGACAAACCUUGUGUGCGCUUGCCAGCCAACGGCAGUACCCCAGCCGGCAUCUUUUCCGGAUAUAUGCCCACUGCAGCGAAUGCGAGUUUUCUAUCGACUUAUACGAUUCUCAUCAAUGAUACAAAGCCAUUGUGGUUUUAUUGCUCGCAGGGCACGCAUUGUAAAGCCGGUAUGAGUAUGGUUGUCAACCCGCCAAAUAGCGUAUCAGUUCUCACCUUUCUACAAUCAUGAGCUAACUGGAUGCAGACAGUCAAGACGCUGAUCAAUUACAAGCUUGCUGCUGCACAGACGCUCGUGACACCUGCAUCUGUUGUGUCGAAUGUCAAUGCAGUCUCAAACAGUGCGAGUGUGCCCGCAGUGGAGGCAAACACCGUGAGUACUUCCAACACGAGCUCGAUCGUUGUUUCUCAGGGUGGUGCAUCGU